AUGAAAGUUCUUGAAGAAAGGAAUGCCUUUUUAAGUGAUUAUGAAGUCUUGAAAUUUCUAUCUGAUCUCGAAAGAGAACAUCUCUGGGACGAAAAAAGCCAAGCUGCACUAAAAAAAAAUCGCUCGAAGGGUAAACAAAAUAGACCCUACAAUCACCCUGAAUUGCAAGGUAUCACUCGAAAUGUGGUAAACUACCUCAGCAUAAACAAGAACUAUAUUAACCAGGAAGAUGAAGGCGAGGAGCGAAAAAGCAGUGGUGUAAAAGAUGUUGAAAAGUCGGCCAUCAGCAGAAUGAGUGAUCAAAGUUUUGGUGACUUAAUGACUAAAUUGAAUUCCUUCAAAUUAUUCAAAGCGGAAAAACUGCAAAUUGUCAAUCAACUUCCUGCCAAUAUGGUUCACCUAUAUUCCAUAGUAGAGGAAUGUGACGCAAGAUUCGACGAAAAAAGGAUUGAGGAAAUGCUAGAAAUUAUCUCAGGCUACGCAUGA